AUGGUAGGAAUAGCUGCUGGAGUUCCUGGGUUGGAUACAGUAAAGGCUAAAGCACCAUGGGUCACCAAAAUAGAAACAAAUUCUCCUUCAAUCAAAAUCAUUCCUACAGAUGAACAGGUGAGAAAAAUACUAAGGAGCAUGCCACAAGAUGAUCGUUGGAGAACAAAGGUUACAACACUGUUUGAAACCAAGGAUUUUACAAAAUUCAACAUUGAACAACUUGCUGACAAUGAUGAGGAGUUCCAACCAACUAGACAAACAGUCAAAGGAACUGCUCAACAGAACCAAGAAGUUCCAGUGCAAGAGGAACAUGAAGAAAUCCAAGAAGAUCCAGCUCUAGAGGAAACAGAAGCAGCACCUGAACCUGAGGAACUCUACACUGAUCAACAAGGAACUCAGGUCACUGAAGGAACUGAGGAAAUUGCUACAACUCCAGCAGCUCAGUUUCAACCCAGACCUUGGAAACACCAAAGUUCUCAUCCAAUGGAACUCAUUGGAGAAACACGAGAAAAUGAGGAUGAAACUCGGGAUGGUCAAACUAAGGUAAUUUGCAAUUGA